AUUUCCAAAAAAUACUGAUUACUCAAUUCACUACUAUUCGGCAAAAAAAAAUGAUAAACAACACAUCAAAAUCAAUUGGAAAUAGCAAUCAAUUUUGAAAAGUUUAUUAUUAAUAUUUUUAUUCGAAAAAAAAGUGUUUGGUUUAAUUUACGGAAAUCUAAAUAAAUAUCCAGCAUAAUACACAAUCAGUCCGUCAGUCAUUCGGCGGUUGUAACUACCAGAUUUAUGUGUGAGCGUGCAUGUGUGUGAAUGGAAAACCCCAUCAAUAAUUUUGAAGAAAAAUUUCAAUCCAAAUGAAUGAUUGACGUUGCAAUAAAUUAUCACGGAAUCAGUGCCAUCAAAAAAAGGAAGAGGAACGAAAACAAACACCAUGGAGGAACUACAAGAUGCCAGCAUCCAUCAUACGGCUGCCAAGCUGAUCAAUACCAUCAAGACACUGAAAAAUUAUGAGCCAUUAUAUGAAAAUGUUCAGAAAUUGGUUUGCAGCCCCUCGGUGGACCGCAAUGAUAUGUGCAACACCUUGGAGGAGGCCAUUAAAAAUGCCGGAUUGGAAACGGAAAUACGCAAUAUUAUUUUCCAUUUGGUGCGCAGCAAAUUGAAGCCGGAAGAGAAGCCGUCGCAGAUUAAUAUAAAUGAUCCCUUGGCCUAUUUGAAACGUGCCGGUGUGCAAUGGGAUCGGCGAGUACGCAAAAGUUUAAAUGCUAUGUGCUCCGAACUGAAAAUGGCAUCUCAGGGCCAACCACGCAUAUCAACGGAUCGAGAUGAGCUACUCUCCAAGUGGGAUGAAUUGAGUAAUUAUACAAUUGAUUUAGCCAACUAUCGACCAGUCUAUGCUCCCAAGGACAUAUUGGAUGUUUUACUCUCGCUGAAGGGUCCCACCAAGGCUGCGGAAAAUACAGAGUUCGUGCAGGUGCCGAAAUGGGAAUUUUCACAUAUAUCGCUGCCGGUGAAGAAUCUUUUUGAAUUGCGGAAUCAUUACAGUGACCUAUUGCGCACGGAAUCCUAUGCCGGUUCAUCCGAUAUGAAUUUACAAUGUCAACGGGUUUUGGAAUCGAAACAUGCCCCGCUGUGUCAACAUCUGCUGCGAAAGGGAAAUACCCCAGCUCCCUAUCGUGGUGCUUUGUGGUCCUUUGUGUUGGGUAGUCAUGUUAAUAGUUUUGACAUUGAACAUUGGAAUCGUUUGAAGGCCAAUGUCCUGGCCACCGAUCACAUUGUCGAUAAAUUGGUGUUCAAAGACAUCCAAUUGACGGCCUCGAAUGAUGAUCAAUAUUUCGUAUUUGAAGAUGUCCUCUAUCAGGUGUUGUUGUGUUUUUCACGCGACACCGAAAUUGCCCAGAUGAUACAAUUCGAACACUAUCCCAUCAAGGGUAAAAGCUAUGAGGCCCCUCCUUCGGGUGUGGUGCCAUUUCAUGGUAUUUGUAUGUUUGCUGCCACAUUUUGUUAUCUCUUCGAUUCGCCGAUCAAUUUAUAUUUCACAUUUCGUGCUUUUUAUAUUCGUUACUGUCAUCGGCUGACCACGAUUAAUACACAUCCGCAGGGCAUUGUGAGUAUUUGCCUCCUUUUUGAGAAAUUGCUGCAGACCCAUGAGCCUCAGUUAUGGUCACAUUUUCGUGAGUUGCAAAUACAGCCAAUUCGUGUAGUUUUCAAAUGGCUUAUGCGAGCCUUCAGUGGUCAUCUGCCACCUGAUCAGCUGUUGGUGUUAUGGGAUCUGAUCCUUGGAUUUGAUAGCCUGGAAAUUCUCUCAAUUUUUGCCAUCAUUAUUUUGUCAUUUCGCAAAGAGAGCCUGAUGCAGGUGAACUCACUGGAUAGUAUUGAGGCAAUUCUGGCAGAUUUGUCAUCAGUUCAAGUGCUGCCAUUGGUACAGCUAGCCCUGAGCCGAGACUAGAGGAAAUGCAAUUAAAAAAUA